AGCUGUAAGUACAUGUAUUUGUUGCUGCCCAUUCUUGUUUGAUAGUACAUGUCGUAGUCAUCACUCCUCCAAUUCCCUACCUUACCGUCCCAACGUGCAAAUUCCAUUGCAAGAAUGGGUGCAGAGAAUCUGUCGUUCGUCCUCGAAAAGGCUGGAAGUGUCAAGUUCGAAGACCGACCAGUGCCGCAGCUGAAGUCGCCCUACGAUGUGAUUGUCAACACGAAAUUCACCGGAAUCUGCGGUUCAGAUGUUCACUACUGGGUCCACGGAGCCAUUGGCCAUUUCGUUGUCAAGUCGCCGAUGGUUCUAGGGCACGAGUCGAGUGGAAUCGUCACCAAAAUAGGCGAUGCAGUUAAGAGCUUGAAGGUGGGAGACCGCGUGGCGAUGGAACCUGGCGUUCCAUGCCGAAGAUGUGUGCGAUGUCGGGGUGGGUUCUACAAUCUUUGUCCAGAAAUGGCAUUUGCUGCGACUCCUCCAUUUGAUGGUACCCUCGCAAAGUACUACACUUUGCCGGAGGACUUCUGCUACAAGUUGCCAGAAAAUGUGUCGCUGGAAGAGGGCGCAUUGAUGGAGCCUCUGGCUGUGGGCGUGCACAUCUCCAAGCAGGGCUCCAUCAAGCCAGGCGAUAGCGUAGUGGUCUUCGGCGCUGGCCCGGUAGGCUUGCUAUGCAUGGCAGUCGCCAGAGCGUUUGGUGCAACCAAGAUCGUAGCAGUCGACAUCAAUCCCGAACGGCUUGAGUUUGCGAAGAAGUAUGCGGCGACCCACGGUAUCCUUUCGCAGCGAGAGUCUCCCGAAGACGCCGCACGGCGCAUCAUUUCGGACACCGACCUGGGACCAGGAGCAGAUGUGGUGCUCGAUGCAAGUGGCGCAGAGCCCGCGAUACAGACAUCCAUACAUACUUUGCGGGUAGGAGGCAAUUAUGUACAAGGCGGACUGGGCAAGAGCGACAUAACUUUUCCCAUCGGUGCGAUGAGUGCUAAGGAGCUGAACGUCAGGGGAAGCUUCCGCUACUCGUCCGGAGACUAUCAGCUUGCCCUGCAACUGAUCGAAAGUGGUCGAGUUAAUGUAAAGACGUUGAUUACUGGGACAGUAAAGUUUGUUGAUGCUGAGAAAGCCUUUGGAGACGUGAAGGCAGCCAAGGGGAUCAAGACGUUGAUCGAGGGCGUUGAAGAGUGAUGCGUGCAAACGCAUACAGACUUAUCUGCUGAGCCAGCUACCAGGAGGUAGUCCUGAUGAUGGUGAUAGGAGAAACUUGUCAGGGCUAGGCGCAGGCCGACCUAGGCAUAGAAUAAUACCAUCUUGGAAUUUUGGGCUUCAAUGCGG